GUCCCUUGUCCCUUUGCGCGGCCCGUUCCGCCUCGGCUCCCGUGGCUUUUCGGCUGACGUGUCUGCUGUUGGUCGGCUGCUUGGCGAGUAGGGCCGAGAUGGCGGACGCUUGGGAAGAGAUUAGGCGGUUGGCGGCUGACUUCCAGCGGGCGCAGUUCGCAGAGGCCACGCAGAGGUUGUCAGAGCGGAAUUGCAUUGAGAUUGUGAAUAAAUUGAUUGCUCAGAAACAGCUAGAAGUAGUUCACACACUUGAUGGGAAGGAAUAUAUUACUCCAGCCCAAAUUAGUAAAGAAAUGAGAGAUGAGCUACAUGUUCGAGGUGGUCGAGUAAACAUUGUUGAUCUGCAACAGGCGAUUAAUGUGGAUCUGACUCAUAUUGAAAACAGAAUUAGUGACAUUGUUAAAUCCGAAAAACAUGUUCAGCUAGUGUUGGGACAACUGAUAGAUGAGAACUAUUUGGAUCAGUUAGCAGAAGAGGUAAAUGAUAAAUUACAGGAAAGUGGUCAGGUAACGAUAUCCGAACUGUGUAAAACCUAUGAUCUUCCUGGAAACUUUCUGACACAGGCACUAACUCAGCGACUAGGUAGAAUUAUUAACGGACACAUUGAUCUUGAUAACAGAGGAGUAAUAUUUACUGAAGCUUUUGUAGCUAGACAUAAAGCACGCAUCCGUGGGUUGUUCAGUGCUAUUACCCGGCCUACAGCAGUGAAUUCUUUGAUUUCAAAAUAUGGAUUUCAGGAGCAGCUUCUUUACUCUGUUCUUGAGGAACUUGUUAAUAGUGGACGCUUACGAGGCACUGUGGUUGGUGGGAGACAGGAUAAAGCGGUGUUUGUCCCUGACAUUUACUCCAGAACACAAAGUACUUGGGUGGAUUCUUUUCUCAGGCAGAAUGGCUAUCUGGAAUUUGAUGCUUUGUCCAGACUUGGAAUCCCAGAUGCUGUGAGCUACAUAAAGAAAAGAUAUAAGACUACACAACUCUUGUUUUUGAAAGCAGCUUGUGUUGGUCAAGGACUUGUGGAUCAGGUGGAAGCAUCAGUAGAGGAAGCCAUCAGCUCUGGAACAUGGGUUGAUAUUGCACCUCUGCUACCCAGUUCCUUAUCAGUGGAAGAUGCUGCAAUAUUGCUUCAACAUGUGAUGAGAGCACUCAGCAAACAGGCUUUAGCUGUAGUCUUUAGUGAUACUAUUGUAGUCAGUGAAAAAUUUAUAAAUGAUUGUACAGAACUGUUCAGUGACCUGAUGCACCAAAAAGCUGAAAAGGAAAUGAAAAAUAAUCCUGUCCAUUUAAUCACUGAAGAAGAUCUGAAACAAGUCUCCAUUUUAGAAAGCGUUAAUACAAGUAAAAAGGAUAAAAAAGAUGAACGAAGGAGGAAAGCAACAGAGGGCAGUGGAAGUGUGAGAGGAGGAGGUGGCGGCAAUGCCAGAGAGUACAGAAUUAAAAAAAUCAAGAAGAGAGGGCGAAAAGAUGACAACAGUGAUGAUGAGUCAUCUCACACAGGAAAGAAGAAGCCAGAGAUCGCUUUUAUGUUCCAGGAUGAGAUUGAAGAUUUUUUAAGAAAACAUUUACAAGAUGCCCCUGAGGAGUUUAUCUCUGAACUUGCUGAGUACUUAAUAAAACCUCUAAAUAAAACUUAUCUCGAAGUGGUACGUUCAGUAUUCGUGUCUUCAACUUCUUCUGCCUCUGGAACUGGCAGGAAGCACACGAUCAAGGACUUGCAAGAAGAGGUUUCAAACCUUUAUAACAAUAUUCGAUUAUUUGAAAAAGGGAUGAAGUUCUUUACAGAUGAUACCCAGGCUGCUCUUACGAAGCACUUGCUGAAGACAGUGUGUACUGAUGUCACUAAUCUCAUUUUCAACUUCUUAGCUUCGGAAUUAAUGAUGGCAGUAGACAAUCCUGCAACCAUUACAAGUGAAGUAAGAAAAAAAAUUCUAAGUAAAUUAUCAGAAGAAACUAAAGUAGCUCUCACAAAACUCCAUAGCUCUCUGAAUGAAAAGAGCAUAGAAGACUUUCUUUCUUGUCUGGAUUCUGCAGCAGAAGCUUGUGAUAUUAUGGUGAAAAGGGGAGACAAAAAAAGGGAAAGGCAGAUACUGUUCCAGCAUCGACAAGCACUGGCUGAACAGCUAAAAGUCACAGAAGACCCUGCUCUUAUUCUGCAUCUCACAUCGGUUCUGUUGUUUCAGUUCUCAACCCACAGCAUGCUCCAUGCACCUGGAAGAUGUGUCCCGCAGAUCAUUGCUUUUCUGAAUACUAAAAUUCCAGAGGUUCAACAUACUCUUUUAGUAAAGUAUCAAGGUUUGGUUAUAAAGCAUUUAGUCAGUCAAAAUAAGAAGACUGGGCAGGGAGAAGAUCCCUUGAGUGAUGAAUUAGACAAAGAACAAGAAGAUAUCAUCAGUAUGACUCGUAAAGAGCUUCAAGAACUUUCCUCAUCCAUUAAAGACCUUGUUGUCAAAUCCAGGAAAUCAUCAGUGACAGAAGAGUAAUGAUUUUAAUUUACUUAAUGUUGUCAUAUAGUAAACAUUUUUCCCCAAAGUUAAAGGUGAGUGGUUACAAAAAAAAUACACAUUUCACAGUUCGGAAUCCCCCACCCAAUAGCACUUCCCACACUCUCAAUUCAGUUAAAACAGUAGUGUUGUAUUCAUUGUAAAUCUUAUAAAGAUGUGGAUUUUUGUAAAUUGGGUUCUCCGUGGAAGAUUUCUUUUUCACAUUAUUCUAAAAAUUAUACAUUUCAGGUUUAUUUUCUUUCUAGAUGCUGAAUGAAGAAUAAAUUUUCUGCUAUCUUUUAUCUCUAGGAAAGGACUCAUUUGUUGUGUUAUUGGAUUUCAAGUGACAUGUGUAAAUUUACACAUAUUAAGCAGAAACUUAAAAUGCAGUCUUUUUUUUUUGGUGUUGAAAAUAGUGUAUUUUACUUUAAAAUUAAUAAGAGAAUGGUUCAAACCUAAAAUACAGAAACUUGCAAAAUAUUUUUUUUAUUACUAAGCCCUCGCUUUUAUUUCUGGCAGAUAGAGGGCCUCUCAUCUCCCCCACAAGAGUGAACUUUUAUGUGGCUGGGAGCUUCAGGGAUGUGUUCACAGGUGCAGAAGAAGAACACCCGAGUAGCCCAUGCACUGCUGUGCUCUAUUCUAAAGUAAGAUGCUAACAAGAGUGAGAGAAAAAAUAUAAUUUACUACUGAUAGGUGUAAGUCACAUUUUAACAUUGUAAUAACUAAAAAUUUAAUAUAGUUUUCUUUAACCCAGUUUGCAUUUCUGAAUUUCAUUUUUUAUAUUAAUAGUCACCAUCACCUAAUACUUUGUUGUAGGGGAUCUAUAAGUGCAUUUAAAUCAUUAGAACUUUUUUUUUCAAAAUAGAAACGCUUAUUAAAAAAUAGGUGUUCUUGUUCUGUAAAGAUUAGUAGUAGUUAAAAGACUAAAAUAGUUCCUUGGAGUAAUCAUUUCAGUCAAAUGAGUUUCAGGCAACAAUUUAUUGUAUAUAAAAGAGGAACUUAUUUAAAAUAUAAUAGUAAAUUAAAUCUCAAAUAUUUUUUAAAAAUACUAUUUUAUAUAAUACCUUACAUGGCAUUUAAAACUAUUUUUGAAAAUGUUUGAAUACAAAGAUUGGUCUACCUCUACACUAAUUCUAGACAAAGUAUUAAUAUUGAUUGCAAGAAAUAUAAUUUGCUAAGCAAAGUUGAUAGGAAUGUAACAAACUAAAAAAUAUUUUCCAUUGCUAAUUUUCUAUUCAUGUAUUUUCAUAAGGGUAAAGGAAGAAAAAUGACAAAUCCCCUGUGAACACAAAUUCCAGUUAGUUUGUUGAUUCAGCUUCCAAAAUACUGAACACCCAACCUGAUUUUUUAUUCAGUCUUUAAGGACCUUACCAUUUAUGUUUCAAGAGAUACCAAAGUAAUCCACAUUUGGGUCAAACUAGAUCAUAGACAAUGAAGCAAAUAAAAGCAUUAUGACUUUCUUAAUUUGUGAAAAUAAAAAUAGAAAAGACAAGCAAAUAAAAUAUUCUGUCUUAUUUUGUUUGCAUUAAAUUUUUUUCAUUUAUCAAAAUGGUUAUUUUUCCACAGUAAAUAAGAGCAGUUUUUAUUUUUUUGUAAAUAAAAUUAUUUAGCUGAUUUCAUAUUAUAAAUCUAAUUUCAUUAAUAAAAGUUGUUCCAUGUUUAUCUACUAUGAUCUUAAUGGGCAGAUUUAAGAAUGUUAUUUAAAAUAAAGUCUGUUGUUUCUGUUAAA